AUGCGCUCCUCCAUUACCUUCGCCAUCGCUGCAUUGUUGGCGGCUGCCGUUCAAUGUUCGGCACACUCAGGGUACGGUGGCAGCAGGCAUCCUCGCUACGAAAACUGCGCUCCAAGUCAAAACGGCAGCUGCACUGGCUGUGGGACUGAUUACGUCCAAUGCGGUUCCAAUACUUGCUACAACCCGAAGGCUGGCGAGACUUGCUGCUCAAAUGCUUAUGGGAAACGACGUGCUUCUUUCAAUUGCCGGUAUGAGGACAACUACGAUGACGACUACAAUAGCACGACUACAUCAGUACCGUCCACUACCACUACCAUUACAUCGACCACGACCAACACCAUUACCGUCAGCGCCACAACCUCUUCUUGCGCCCUGACCAGCUCCACUACUGGCCUUCCUAUUACCAGCUCUGUCGCUUCGUAUGGCAACACCACCACGGUGGCAUUGAACACCACAACUUCGACCCUCUCAGUCGCCAACGCUACCGGUGUCCUUCCGACCUCCAACAUGACGUUGAACGCCACCAAGCCUCCGUCUGCCACUAUCAGUCCUCCAAUCAGCGGGUACAAGGGCGAUGCUUCUGGUCUGCAGGGCCAAGCUUCGGCAUCUUUGUUCGCUCUCAAUUGCCUGAUCUUCAUGUGUACUCUGCUGCUGUAA